AUGUGGGUCUUCUACCUGAUAGCGCUGCCGCUGACGGUGGGGAUGGUGGCGGCCACGCUGCGCUACUUCGCCGGCCCCGCCGUGCCGCUCCACGUCCUCGCCACCGUCGGCUACGCCUGGCUCUGCUCCCUCUCCUUCGUCAUCCUCGUCCCCACCGACAUCUACACGACAAUUACCGGCAACCAAAAGGGUGACGUCGGAUUCUUUUGGAGCUGGUCUUAUUGGAGCUCGUUUGUCCUAGCAUGGGCUAUCAUUCCUACCAUUAAAGGCUAUGAGGAUGCUGGAGAUUUCACAGUUAAAGAAAGGCUGAAAACCAGUAUCCGAGCGAACUUGCUCUAUUAUGAAAUUGUGGGAUCUAUCGGCUUUUUUGGAAUAGUUUUGAUUAUAAUCAUGCAUCAUGAUUGGGGUGGUGCUAUCUUGGGCUUUGCUAUGGCAUGCUCAAAUACCUUUGGACUAGUGACAGGUGCCUUUCUUCUUGGUUUUGGCUUGAGCGAAAUUCCAAAGGAUAUAUGGAGAAAUGCUGAUUGGACUCGCCGUCAAAAAAUUCUCUCUCACAUGGUUGCAAAGAUGACUGUAAAACUUGAUAAUGCUCGCCAAGAAUAUUGCAACGCAAUCACUGUUGUUCAAGCCACAUCAAAACAAAUGUCCAAGCGUGACCCACUAAGGCCUUUUAUGGAUAUUAUUGAUAAUAUGCUAGCUCAAAUGCUGAGAGAUGACCCACUGUUCAAGCUUUCUGGUGGAAACAAACUAGCAGAAAAUGAUAUGGAUUAUGAUACUGACGAGAAAACGAUGGCUGCACUUCGACGUCGACUUAGGAUAGCUCAUGAGGAGUACUGUAGGUGUAAAAGCAAAUAUACGACUUCUGUCAUGGAAGCCCUUGAACUGGAAGACACAGUGACAAAUUAUGAGCAACAUGAUGCAGACGGAUGGAAAUAUGUAUCAGAUUUAAGGGAAAGUCGAUCAGGCACACUAGGAUCCUUCCUUGACCAUAUAGAGUUCAUUUGGCGCUGUAUACUGUUAAACCGACUCCUGAAAGUUCUUUCUGUUCUCCUUGGUUGCAUCUCAGCUGCCAUAUUGUUGGCUGAGGCCACUUUGCUGCCAACUGGUGUCCAUUUGUCACUUUUUUCUGUUCUUAUAAAUGCUGCAGGAAAGCAAGAAAUUUUAGUCCAGGUUGUUGCAUUUGCUCCACUGAUGUACAUGUGCAUUUGCACAUAUUAUCCGCUCUUUAGGAUAGGGAUGAUGGUGGUCUAUUCACUGACUCCAGGACAAACUAGCUCUGUCAGCCUGCUUAUGAUCUGCUCAAUGGUUGCAAGAUACGCACCUGCUAUUUCUUACAACUUUCUGAACCUCGUUCAUCUUGGUGGUGAUGUUAGAACUACUUUUGAGAAGAGGAUGGGGAGCAUUGAUGAUGCAGUUCCUUUCUUUGGGAGAAACUUCAACAGAAUAUAUCCACUCAUUAUGGUUGUUUAUACUAUACUGGUCGCGGGCAAUUUCUUCGGCUAUCUGUUCGAAAUAUUUGGAAGCUGGAAAAGGUUCAAAUUCUGGACCGAGGAAGAAGAGGAUACAAACGGAUUUGAUCCAUCUGGAGUGAUGAUUCUGCAGAAAGAAAGAUCUUGGAUCGAGCAAGCGCGCAAACUCGGCGAGCAGGUCACUCCAUUGGCAAGAAACUUCAGUUCCGUUAGCGAAGACGUUGAAUCUGGAACCAUGCUACAGGGUGUAGAAAAGUUGGUGGUGAUAAAAGCAGCUCCACAUUCUCCCAAAAGGGAAGGAGGAGCCCAGUCAAAAUAUGGUGUCAACGCUGACCACAAAUACUCCUCCAUCACAGAACAGCCCAGCAGUCAAAAGUCAGUUAAACAAGUGAAAGAGGAAACCCGUUCCACUUCCACCUCUGUUCUGCUCGAAGCAGGGGACUCUGAAAACCCAUCUCCUCCUGUUAGUGUGGUGCCAGAUUUAUCAGCUGGAACCGCGUCGAGAUGGGCGUCGAUGAAGGCGGGGUUUCGGAGCUUCAAAUCGAGCAUGAGUGCCAAGAGGCUGCUUCCUUCGAGCCUGUCGCGCACGAGCUCGUCGACGUCGGACUCGCUGGACGAGAUCUUCCGGGGGUUGAAACGUCACUCGAGCAACCCACGGGCGGAUGUGGAGUACCUUGACGAGGAUGACAGCGCCCUCGAAACGGAUCGAGCGAUUCGAUGA